GAUAAAUUAAAAUUCUAAAAUGCGAAACCCCAGUUCAGCGUGAGCCAAAUGUCUACUACACUCACACUGUCAACAAUCCAAAAACGUCUCUCCACCCCUCUCCAAAUACAACCACUUCCUUCCCCACCGUUACGAAAUCUUCGUCGUUCUUUUAAACCCAAUCUCAUUAAAAUCUCCCCUCUUCGUUAUUAUCCAAUAAAAGCCCAACAAACCCAGAAACCCGACCCGGAAAUAAAACCCCAAGAUGGAAUCCCAAUUGAAUUCGUUAAAACAUUGGCUAGUUUCAAAUCCAGAUACAAUUACAUUCGGGUCAUUGAAGUUUCAAGAAGAUCCGACCACCCAUUUGCCGGUUCAAGGCUUCUCUUACUGGAUGGACCCGGUAAUAUUCAUAGCAUUUCAUAUCUAUUCAAGUCUUUAACUAGUACUUAUUUUGAUGUGUUCGCGAUUCUCCCGCCAAUUUUGCCUCCGGGUCCUUUGGGGAUUCUCGGGUUCGGAGCCGGGUCGGCGGCCCGGUUGAUAUUGGAGCUGUACCCACAUGGGGUUAUUCAUGGGUUUGAGAUUGACCCGGAUGUGAUUUCAGUUGGUAGGGAGUUUUUUGGGCUUACCAAGAUGGAGAAGAAGUAUGAUGACAGGCUCUUUGUGUAUGUUGGGGAUGCUUUGAAUGCUAGUGUCGAAGGUGGGUAUUCAGGUUUUUUGAUUGAUUUGUUUGGGGAAGGGUGUUUAAUUCCGGAGCUGCAAGACCCGGGAACAUGGGAAAUGUUGAAAAAGAGGUUGAGAAAAGGCGGGAAAAUGAUGGUGAAUGUUGGUGGGAGUUGUGUUGAACCUGAGGACUCGAGAAGAGAUGGAAGGGUGAUCAUGGAAGAAACUUUGAAGGCAAUGCAUAAGGUUUUUCCUGGGGAAGUUUACGUUAUGAGUCUGGGAAAUGGUAAAGAUGAUAGUUCUAUUGCUUUUAUUGGUGAAAUGCCUAAUCUUGAAUCAUGGAGAAAAGCGUUGCCUAAGUCUCUUAAACUAUAUGUAGAUAUGUGGAGGCCUUAUCGUGAAGUCUGAGGAAUCUAAUUCUUAGUUGUACCUUAGUUGAUAUGGGUAUACUAUUGGUAACAAUAUGUCGAUGAUUCGAGGUAUUGAAAGCAUGUGUAGCUGAGUUUUGGACUUAAGUCGAAUUCUCAACAGAAAUCCAUGUCUAUAUAGUAUAAAGAGUCAAAGUUAAAUUGUGAUAUUUUUGGCUAAUAUUUCUGAAUUGCGGUAAAAGGCUAAAACACUGCCACUUCUCUUUGUUGCUAAUUGGAGCUGUUAUCACCCAUUCAUACCA